AUGGCCAUGUCUCUCGCGGAUUUGCUGCUGCCUUUGUUUCUACUCGUCUUUCUCACAAGAUCCCGGUCACAGUGCCCCACAAAUCCAUCCGCAAUCGUGAACGACACACAGGUUCUUCUCUCUCUCCGUGACAGGCUUGGCAUCAAAGUGUGGAUCGAGACUGCCAAUCCAAGAGCAUGGCGGGGAGUGGAGUGGAGCUCGGACAACCAAGUGGAGGGCCUCGCUCUGUCCAGGUUUAAUCUCUCGGGAGUUUUUCCUGCCACCUGGGCCGAGCUUCCAUCGCUGGCUCGCCUGGACCUCUCGCAAAACGGCCUCUCCUCGCUGGAAGUCCCUUGCAAAAAUAUGCAGCUCAACCUCCUCAACUUGAGCUCCAAUUCCCUGCAAGAGUUCCCCGGAAAUCUCUCCAGCCUCGAGAGUUUGGAAAGCCUGGACCUCAGUGGGAACUUCUUAACAGUGGCCGGACUCCCAAAGUUUAGCUUGACGCUGCGAUCGCUCAACCUGUCCAUCAACAACUUAACUGGGAGCUUUUCCAUUGGUGGUAACCUGGGACUGGAGGCACUGGAACUCUCGCACAACGGCCUCAGCGGCUCCAUUCCAGAAACUUUCGGGGAGAUGACGAACUUGACGCGCCUGGACAUAUCGUAUAACAGGUUUAGAGGAGAUCUACCCGAUAUUUGGAGCAAGAACUUGGAGCUCAGGUACAUGCGUAUCUCCAAAAAUUCGCUCCAGGGUGGUUUGCCACCGAGCUUGAGAAGGCUACGCAAGCUCUCGGUUUUACACGCUGCCUACAACUCUCUCUCCGGGCCACUGGAGCUGGAAGAUGGCGACUUUGCAAGCAUCGAGGUUUUGAACCUCGGGCUAAACGGGUUUAGCGGAACGAUCCCGGCUACUCUGGGAGGCUUGAGGAACAUCAGAGAGAUAUGGCUCGACAGCAAUAACUUGACUGGAACAAUCCCAGGCGAGCUCUCGAAGCUCUCGCAUCUCCAGAAGCUGGUUCUCAGGGGGAAUCGUUUUAGUGGCGCCAUACCUCUGGAGCUUGGAAACUGCUCGAACAUCAGAGAGAUAUGGCUCGGCAGCAAUAACUUGACUGGAACAAUCCCAGGCGAGCUCUCGAAGCUCUCGCAUCUCCAGCUGCUGGUUCUCACGGGGAAUCGUUUUAGUGGCGCCAUACCUCCAGAGCUUGGAAACUGGUCGAACAUCAGAGAGAUAUGGCUCGACAGCAAUAACUUGACUGGAACAAUCCCAGGCGAGCUCUCGAAGCUCUCGCAUCUCCAGAAGCUGGUUCUCACGGGGAAUCGUUUUAGUGGCGCCAUACCUCCGGAGCUUGGAAACUGGUCGAACAUCAGAGAGAUAUGGCUCGACAGCAAUAACUUGACUGGAACAAUCCCAGGCGAGCUCUCGAAGCUCUCGCAUCUCCAGAUGCUGGUUCUCAACAGGAACGACAUGGGCGGGGAGCUCCCUUCCGGACUCUCCAACUGCACCGAGCUCGUUAGUCUCUGGCUGGACCAGAACAAGUUCUCUGGAAAUCUCCCUGACAGCUUCGGGAAUUUGAGCCGCCUGCUCGCUCUGGGGCUUUCCAGCAACGAUCUUGUCGGUUCAAUCCCGGCCAUGUUGCAAAACAUGUCGUCUCUGCAGUUCCUCAUCCUCGAAAACAACAGAUUCAGUGGCUCCAUACCGGACUGGCUUCCCAGGCUCACGAACUUACGAGCCAUGGACUUCUCGGGUAACAGGUUCUCUGGGGAGAUGCCGGAAAGCAUUGGCCGACUGUUUGCCAACGUCCAGCUUUACAACCAGAACAAACGGUCUGUGAUGAUUCAAACCACGCGAGGACUCCUCUACAACGGCUUCGCCUACCCGACCUCCAUAGACUUCUCCUUCAACCAGCUGACUGGAAGCAUUCCAGCUGCCAUUGGCGACCUCUACAAGCUCCAGGUGCUGGACCUGAGCCACAACCAGCUAACAGGUCCCAUUCCCGAGUCCCUGGGGAAGGCAAGGAAUCUCUCCGAGGUGGCGCUUGCGAGCAAUCGUCUCAAUGGCUCCAUACCAUCGUCCGUGGCGGACCUCUCGUUUCUCACCAUCUUCGACGUCUCCAACAACAGCCUGGUGGGACGGAUACCUGACAGCCCGCAACUCUCGUCCAUGGACGCGGCUCUCUUCGCUGGGAAUCAGCUCUGUGGCUUGCCACUGACCAACACCUGUUCGAGCACUGCUAUGCUGCCACAUAAGCCUAGAACAGAGGGACAAGGUGGUAGCGAACAGGACCAAAGAGAAGUGACAAUUGUCAGCGUUGCCAUCUUCGUGGCAGCCUUCUUCAACGCGUUCUUCUGGACCUACUUUGCGGCAAACCACAGAGCUCAUUCCCAGCUCUGUGGAUGCUGGCAAUCAAAUCUCUAGCUCGUCCACCAUGUUGCUGCCGUCCUUUCUACCUUUCAGUUUGUAAUCGACCGCUUGAUGAAGUGAACUCUUCUUAUCCGCUUUCAA